ACUACCGUGUCAGCCCCGCAUCAAUUUAUCUUGAACAAGGUGAUUCCUUCCUUCAAUACCCAAUUUAACCACCGAUGCUCUUAUCUUGUAUGAAAUUAUUUUUUCAUAACUUGUAAAGUUCCGUAUUUUUAGCUGGGUUUCUGUUAAAAAAUGGAACUUGGGCUUGUGGAGUUGUUGAGAGCAGCUUGGAUUGCAGGGACACUGCCUAUACUUAUAGCUUCACUGCCAUGUUCUUGGCUGGGUUCUUUUCAUGGACUUGUUUUGGGGUUUGCAAGGAGAGGAAAGAUCAUGCAAUCAUCAUCUCAUCGUAAAUUCACUGUUCCCCAAAGAUUCUUUUCUCAUUUCUAUGUGGUGGCUGUGGCGUGGACAACUCUCUUGCUUCUUGGAACAUCGAUAUAUGCUUAUAGAAUGACACCAAUAGUUUCUGAGCCGUUUUUCUACUCUGAUCUAGGCAGCUACUUGGCAGGACGAUCAAACGUAUUCUCAUUUCAUCGAUCACGGUUGAUGAGUUUAGAGAAUAGCUACAGGGUUUGGCUUUCUGUGUUUCUGCUUUUGCUAAUGGAAGUUCAAGUCUCGAGGCGUCUUUUCGAGACAGCAUAUGUAUUUAAUUAUAGCGCCUCUGCUCGGAUGCACAUUUUUGGCUAUCUUACUGGCUUAUUCUUCUACACAGCAGCGCCUCUGACACUCUGCUGUACCUGUGCAUCCGAAGUACUCAAAUUUGGCAUAAAUGAAGUGUCCGAGUUAAUUCUUAAAGGCACAAGCUCAAUGCAAAACGUUGAAUUUCACUGGUGGGACUUUGUUAACCCUUUAUUGAAGCUUGGAUGGUGCCAGUGGAUUGGCGCAGUUAUAUUUCUUUGGGGUUGGAUUCAUCAGCAUCGCUGCCAUGCAAUUCUUGGCUCACUAAGGGAACACGUGGGAAAGGCUGAUGAAUAUGUAAUUCCCCGAGGUGAUUGGUUCGAGAUUGUUUCAUCUCCACACUAUUUGGCAGAGAUUGUUAUAUAUGCUGGCAUGGUUUUUGCUAGUGGAGGGGCAGACCUCACCAUUUGGUUAGUUUUUGGAUUUGUGGUGUCAAAUCUGGUGUUUGCAGCUGCAGAAACACACAGGUGGUAUCUUCAGAAAUUUGACAAUUAUCCAAGCAACCGUGUUGCAAUUAUUCCACUUUUAUGUUAAAACUCCAAAGAACACGUUUUUUCACUGUUGCAUGCAGUUGCCAUCACGUGAUUAAGAUGAUGGCUACAGCAAAGUCUUGACAAGAGGUAGGAAAAAAUUUCUUAGAGAAGCAAAUUAGUUUGGUGAAUGUUUAUGUGAUGUCCAGAUGUCCUUUCAGAGGCGAUUGAAUUCUAUCUGAUUGUGUAUUUCCUGUAAGCUGCAGACAUCUCAUCCAAUUGGAUGGUGCAAUUACUAUAAUGAAUUGUGCAUUCAAAUUGUUGCUUGACUAUAA